AUGGCCAAGUCGCGUUUUGAGUACGUCAAGCAAUUUGAACGGGAGAACUACCUCUUGCCCGAUACCCAUCUCGUGAUCAGAGUGGAUGGGAAGGGAUUCCACAAGUUCAGCCAGCACUACACCUUCGACAAACCAAACGAUGAGAAGGCAUUGCGGGUGAUGAACCAGGCAGCACGAGAGAUAGUUGAACAUUACUCCGAUGUCUUGAUGGCCUACGGUGAUUCGGACGAAUACUCGUUUCUACUCAGGCGAGGAUGCGAGAUGUACGAAAGACGAGAAAUGAAGCUAAUCACCACGUUUGCAUCAGCCAUGACAGCCUACUAUGGGUACUACUGGAACUUGGCGUUCCCUGAAAAGCCGUUGGAAGUAGCACGAAUGCCCAUGUUCGACGCAAGAGUGGUGGUGUAUCCAAACUUUCAAAUCGUGCGAGACUACUUCAGUUGGAGACAGGUGGACUGUCACAUUAAUAACCUAUACAACACCACAUUCUGGACAUUGGUGUUGCGUGGAGGUUUAUCUCCAAAGGAUGCCGAAAAUAGACUUGCUGGAACUGUGUCUGCUGACAAGAACGAAUUAUUGUUCAAAGAAUUUGGUAUUAAUUAUAAUAACGAGCCGGAAAUGUUCAAGAAGGGCACCAUAUUUGUGCGUGAAUUCCAGGACUACAAGCCAGUCGAGGAGACGGGUCUUUCCUCAAGACAGAAGCAAAGACUUGACAAGGCCAGAAAGAAAGCCACCAUCGGUGAAUACCAUGUGGAUAUAAUUAACGAUAACUCGUUUUGGGAAUCUAGACCCUGGUUGGCUGAUUAA